CUCCGUGCUUGUAGCCCUCCAGAGCCAAAGAAACCCCAGACAACAGACGCCCAUACGCAGCCUAUAGCAGUAACUCCCCAGCCCGGUUUCCGUGCGGUAGUUUACAGUAUUUAAUUUUAUAUAAUAUAUACUAUUUAUUAUAGCAUUUUGAUACCUCAUUCCGUUUACACAUCUUGAAAGCCGCUCAGUAAUUCUCCUAUUAAUUAAAGAACCACUACACUAGAAAAUGGCAUCUAGUGUGGCUCCGAUUACUAGUACUCUAGCUGCUGUUACUGCUGCUGCUCCCUCGGUGGAUGACAAACUAUGGAUGCUCAUCCUGGGCUUCAUCAUCGCAUUUGUCCUGGCAUUCUCCGUGGGAGCCAAUGAUGUAGCAAAUUCGUUUGGUACAGCUGUGGGCUCAGGUGUGGUGACCCUGAAGCAAGCCUGCAUCCUCGCUAGCAUCUUCGAAACUGUGGGCUCCGCCUUGCUGGGGGCCAAAGUGAGUGAAACCAUCCGGAAGGGCUUGAUUGAUGUGGAGAUGUACAACUCCACUCAAGGCCUGCUCAUGGCUGGCUCUGUCAGCGCUAUGUUUGGUUCUGCGGUGUGGCAACUAGUGGCUUCGUUUUUGAAGCUCCCCAUUUCUGGGACCCAUUGUAUUGUCGGUGCAACCAUUGGUUUCUCCCUCGUGGCGAAGGGGCAGAGGGGCGUCAAGUGGUCUGAACUGAUAAAAAUUGUGAUGUCUUGGUUCGUCUCUCCACUGCUCUCUGGUAUUAUGUCUGGAAUUUUAUUCUUCCUUGUUCGUGCAUUCAUCCUCCGUAAGGCAGAUCCAGUUCCUAAUGGCUUACGUGCUUUACCAGUUUUUUAUGCCUGCACAAUUGGAAUAAACCUCUUUUCCAUUAUGUAUACUGGAGCACCGUGGCUGAAAUCUCCUAGAAGGUGGCUGGCCUGCGCCCAUUUCAGAAGGCUGCAGGCUAGUGUAUGCUGA